AUGGCCUCGAUAUUGCGAUCGAGUAAAUUUGUGCGCUAUUUCGCCGGCUUUGCGCGAAAUGUGGUUUUCAAUACGGCUCGCGAAACCGAAAGCAGCCUCGUGCAGCAAACGCAAUGUCUGUGCGGCAAUUUUACAAGUGCAUUUGCAACGGCUGCCGCCAGCAGCAAAAGUGGACUGGACCGUUCGUUGAAGCGUUUGGACGAAGAUGUGCGCAGAUCGGGUCGAAUAUCAAGGCGCGAUCUGGAGGAGGUGUUGGAGGAGAUUCGCACCAACCGCUCGGCUAGUAGCGCUCAGUCGCUGCUCGUUAUCCGGUGUUGUGGCAAUCUGGUUCCAGAGGAGCUUCCAGAAGUUCGCACGGCUUUGGUGCAAGAGAUAUGGAAAACAUUGAAGCGCCUUAACGUGGCCAUGGACGUGUCCCAUUACAAUGCUCUGUUGCGUGUGUACCUUGACAACGAGCAUUCCUUUUCUCCGACGGAAUUUUUGGCUGAACUUCAGUCGAACGGCAUCGAACCGAACCGUGUCACGUUCCAGCGGCUAAUCUCGCGCUACUGCCAGCAGGGCAACAUCGAAGGGGCCACCAAAAUAUUGGAAUACAUGCGCGAGAAGCAGCUGCCGGUGAAUGAGUAUGUGUUUAACGCGCUCAUUAUGGGUCACUCGCAGGCGGAUGAUCUUGAAUCGGCCACCGGCAUUCUGGCGGUAAUGUCGCAAGCCGGAUUGCAACCGUCGGCCGAUACCUACACUACGCUGCUCUGCGGUUACGCUCGUAAAGGCGAUAUUGAGUACAUUACAAAAACGAUCGACAGUUGCGAGCAGAAGGAAAUCUUCCUUCUCGACAAAGACCUUCUGGAGAUUGUGUAUGCGCUCGCUACGAACGGCCACCCGGAAAAGGUGGAUCCGUUGCUGGAGCGAAUUCGGCGCCAGGCAGGCUACAACCAGGAUGCGGUUAAUGUGAUCUUGCGUCUGAUCAACAAGGGCCAAGAAGAGGUAGGCUUGAAGUUGCUGCGUACAAUGCCACGGGCAUCGAAAAACGACGGCGAACUGGCCAACACAGGCAGCUUUUUGGUCCGCCAACUGGUGCGGGCCCAGCGCCCCUCUGAACGUUUGAUCGCCGUAUGUCGAGAGCUGCAGGAAGGUGGCAUGAAUGAUCGAGCCCUAUUGAUCGCACUAGAGACAGCACUUAAGAGUGGUGCGGUUGAGACAAGUUUUGCGUUGCUCGAGGAGCUGGUUGCUCAGCAGCAACCGAUUCGGCAGCACUUUUUCUGGCCUCUCCUGUGUGCCAACGGCACGAAGAUGUCAAAGGAAGCGCGCACGGAGCAAGUGCUGCAGGUGUUGCGGCAGAUGAGUGAAAAGUUCAACCUCAAUCCGAGCAGUGAAACGAUCCGCGAAUAUGCUGUACCAAAUCUUCCGGCAACCAACAGCGAGCUCAACAUCCAAUUGCUCCGUAGUGUUGGCAUUUCGCCGGCAGUGGCCAGCAGCAGUUGUGCGCAUUAUGCUCUGGAGAGCAACAAACUAAAAGACGCAGCCAAUAUUGCUUCGCGCUACCGGGCGUACUAUCCUCCCGGAGUUUUCCGGAAGCCGUUAGUGCAGGCUUUCAACCAAACACGAGACUACGAUUCUUACGUACGCUUCUCGCGCGCCCUUUACGAUGGGCUCACGAGUCAUGGUUAUCAUCGGUUCAUUGUCAUGACAUUCAACGAAUCGUUAUCAAAUAAUUCCCCCCCGGCUUUUUUGGACUCGCUUCACAGAUGCCUUUCUGCGGCCCCACAAUCCAAGCAGGCGGCGGAAACGCAACCAGCGGCCGCGGCUGAAGGAGAAAAGCGCCAAAAUAUGUCCUUCCUGACAAACAUCUUCCGUGGCGAGAUUCAGGCGGCGCAGGUGUUCCCCUACCCGGAAGCGCUGGAUGCCGAACAGAAAGAGUACAUCGCGGCGUUCGUCGAUCCAGUGAACAAGUUCUUCGAAGAGGUCAAUGAUCCCGCCAAAAACGAUGCCAAUGCGAAGAUCGACGAUCAAACCACCGAAGCGCUGUGGGAUCUCGGAGCGUUUGGGCUGAUGGUUCCAACGGAAUACGGUGGCCUCGGUCUCAACAACACACAGUACUCGCGGAUGUGUGACAUUAUCGGUGGUCAAGAUCUAGGGUUAGGAAUAUUCAUCGGUGCGCACCAGAGCAUCGGAUUUAAGGGAAUAAUGCUGUACGGUACCAAGGAACAGAAAGCGAAGUACCUGCCGAUGGUGUCUACCGGCAAGGUGUACGCUGCGUUCGCACUGACCGAGCCCAGUUCCGGUUCCGAUGCCGGCUCCAUCCGCUGCCGGGCGGUGAAAUCGGCCGAUGGCAAGCACUACGUGCUGAAUGGUUCCAAGAUUUGGAUCUCGAACGGCGGGAUUGCGGACAUUAUGACCGUGUUUGCGCAGACCGAAGUGGUCGACCCGAAGACGGGCCAGAAGCGGGACAAAGUGACGGCGUUCGUCGUCGAGCGAGGCUUCGGUGGGGUGAGCAGUGGUCCACCGGAGAACAAGAUGGGUAUCAAAUGCUCGAACACGGCCGAGGUGUACUUCGAGGAUGUGAAGAUUCCGGCCGAGAACGUUCUUGGUGGCGAGGGUGAAGGGUUCAAGGUAGCGAUGAACAUCCUGAACAAUGGACGGUUCGGUAUGGCCGCCACGUUGUCGGGUACGAUGCGUGCCUGCAUUCAGAAGGCGGCGGAACACGCCACGAACCGGGUCCAGUUUGGACGGAAAAUUGAAACGUACGGUGGAAUCCAGGAGAAGCUGGCCAAGAUGGCGAUGCACCACUACGCGACGCAAUCGAUGGCGUACAUGAUUUCUGGCAACAUGGACACCGGCUCGUUGGACUACCACCUGGAGGCGGCCAUCUCGAAGGUGUUUGCGUCGGAAUCGGCUUGGUUCGUGUGCGACGAAGCUAUUCAGAUCCUCGGCGGAAUGGGCUUCAUGAAGGACGCCGGUCUGGAGCGUGUGAUGCGCGAUUUGCGUAUCUUCCGCAUUUUCGAGGGCACGAACGAUAUUCUGCGCCUGUUUGUGGCCCUCACCGGUAUCCAGUACGCCGGUGGACACUUGAAGGAGCUGCAAAAGGCUUUCCAAAAUCCGGCCACCAACAUGGGCCUCAUCUUUAAGGAAGGAUCCCGCCGGGCGAUCCGUAGCAUCGGGUACGGUGGUACGGAUCUUAGCUCGUACGUGGCCGAUCCCCUGAAGGUUUCGGCCAAGCAGUGCUCGGAGUGUAUUGAUCUGUUUGGCCAAACGGUCGAGUCGUUGCUCAUCAAGUACGGAAAGAAGAUUGUCGACGAACAGUUCCUGCUCAACCGAUUGGCGGAUGCGGCAAUCGAUACGUACGCCAUGGCCGUCGUGCUGUCGCGAGCAACCCGUUCCGUGCGGAAGGAUCUCCCUUCGGCCGAGCAUGAAGUAUUGAUGACCAAAGCAUGGUGUCACGAGGCUAGCGAUCGUGUGCGUGUAAACAUUCGCAAAAUCAACACCGAUUCGUUCGCGAAGAACUACGGUCUGAUGUCGCAGAUUUCGAAAACCAUUUGCUCCAACAACGGUAUCGCUCACAAUAACCCGCUCGAUAUUGAAUAGGGAAUUGGCGCUUGCAAAGAACAAACGAAUGAUACGACCUAAUCACGUCACGGUUCCACGAUUUUCCUACCUAGAAAGUUUCCACAGUGAAUCCCGAUGGUGCGGCGUGUCUCACGCCUCGAUGAAGCUAUGAUCGUGUCUCUCUGCCGAUGUGGCCAAUCUCCACUGUACCCGGGCGACAGUCGAGCAUAUGAAGUCACAGCAAUUUCAGAGAACUGGUCUCCAGGGCAGGCAGUGUGCAGUGUGCAGGAGUAGUCAAUUUGUCCAUCCUAGGAAAAUUAUUUUAUAAGUGUUUUUAUUAUCGUUUUUUCAUAUUUGAUUAUUUUGACUCCGUUCGCGUAUUGUUUGCACUCAUGUGUCUCCUCCAUAAACACGAAUCCACUACGCGGUGUGGGCAUUAAUAGAAAGUUUCAUUGCACUUAAAUUACUUGUUACCAUGUACAUACCACCUCAAAGAAGACAGCACGGCCUACAGUAGCAAGUGCUCUGGGGCUUGAAGAGAUUAGAGAAAUAGUUUCUUAAA